GAAAAGACCGCCCACCGCACCAUGGCGACUAGCCAUUAGGAACCGACUGGAACCAUUAAAUACCAUUAGUGUACCAUUACAGAGCAUCCGGAAAAGACAACUGCAUUAGAAACCCCGUAGAGGACACAACACUAAGGGCUGCCUGACAGCAAACUCAAGACCUGCCCUGAAGAUGUCUCGUCGGAAGCAGACAAAGCCAAACCCUCUGGAAGCUCUGGAAGGUUUCAAUAUGGACUUUGAGAAAUCAAGAAUUCUGUAUCCUUACUUCGAAAGUGAGGAGAAAGAAACACCACUGCAGGGACACAGUGGAUACUCAGUGAAAGAAAAGAGCUCAACGGAAUCACCAAAGACAUCUUAUCUGGAGAUCAUGAAGAAGCAAAUUGCUGAAAAAAGACAGAGGGAUUUCUCAGACAGUGAAGAAGAAUCUGUUGUGCCCUACAAACUGUACCAGGAACUUCAGGAUAGCUACGUAAUGCUGAAAAAGCGUCUCAGAGAGAAGGAUAUGGUCAUUGCAGGGAAGGACGCGGUCAUUAGGAAGCAGAGGCAGAAAUGUAAAAGGAUGUCGGUGGAGCUGGAGAAAAUAAGGAAACUGAAUAUAUGCCUUCAAGAACAACUUCUUUUGAAAGAAACAGGAACCCUUAGGACACAAACAGUUGCCACAGAGACCACAGAACCCUCAUGGGACCCCACAGGAAAUCUAAUGUAUUCUGAAGUGGAACCCAAAAUAGAACCUCUAGCUGAGACUCUAGAAGAAAAUAACUGUGGCCAGGUCAGCCUUGGAUGUGGGGUUUUUUUGGACAAACAAAAGUGGAAUGUUAUUCAAAGAAUGGAUUCUCAUUCUAAGUUCUGUAAGUCCUUGGCCGUGGCCAUCUGGGGCAUCGAGACGCUGAAGGAGAGGACUGUGACUGGCUCCAAAUCCAAUGCUGUCAAAGGGUCUGUGGCGAAACCACCAUUAUCUCCAGAGAAAGUUGGUGUGAUCAGAGAUUGCCUGAAGGAGCGUCUUCAGCGGCGCGGCUAUCAGAAGGAAGCCGUUGACGGGCAGCUGCGUUUGGUGCGGCGUUUUCUCUCUGAGAAAAUUUGUGAUAUCAAACGAAAAGCUGGUAUAAUUCCAGAGGGAACCAGCUCCAGUUUCGCCACUGAUUUACAGCAGUGAACGUUUUCCCUCCCUGAAGUCCUCCUUUGGUUCUACUAUUAAGCAUUACAAGCCCAACUAUUCCAAAGAAGGUAAAAUCAGUUACAAAUGUUUGUAAACAUAAAAACCAAAAAAGCUAGAUAAAACAAGACCUACAGUUAUCUGAUCAAGGAACAACAUAGGAUUCUGUGUCCUUCAAUGUCUGUCUGCCUGUCCAUCCAUCCAUCCAUCCAUCCAUCCAUCCAUCCAUCUCUUUGUUUGAAAAGUAAUCAGUAUCUUCCACAAUACCAUGAUGUAUCAACCUGGCUGUGUGUUGUAUGUUUAAGACAGGCCUUGUGUACUUCUUUCUCUAGACCAGGGAUCCACAUUGCCAGGUGGUCUUCUCCAGUGGGGAACCAGCUGAACAGUCGCAUAAAAUGUGUUUGUCCUGUGUUUAUUUAACUAUGAAUUUGUAGCUAUAUAUUUAUAUAAGAACAUCUUGCUCAACCUUUCUUUCCCUUUUUUUAAAAGAGAGGCUAGCAUUUGUCAUCACUGGCAAGCUAGCACAUAUCCAGACUCCCUUUGUUCAUGGUACUGUACAUAGUUUGUGUUUUAGGCCUAUAAUUAGUCAACUGGAAAAACAUUUUACGCUCAUGUAUUACGUCUAUGAAAGAAAGCCAAGUUUCAAUAAAAAGAACAAAUUGAUUUGAGGGCUGUAUGUAAGAGUAAAGUUAAGGGCUGUAUAAACCUACAAGCUCUGCCAGAUGUGGGCUGGUUGUUUGAGACCCCUGCUGUAGAUUCCUGGAUUAGUGUAAUGAUCUUAUGUGCAAUUUUUAUACACACUAGUACUGUGAGAGCAGUCAGUGGGUAGCAAGUAAUCUCAGCUGACGUGGUUCCUCUACUCAGGAUUACAUACAGUAAUAAUUAUUGACCUUUUUCAUUUCAGAAUCUAUUGUUGCAAAACUAAGGACAGACAUGACCAGCACACUGGACACUAUAUUAGUUGCAGAGAGGAGCAGUAUUUCAUGUACAAGUGAAUUUUGUUGUAUUUUGCCUUUCAGUUUUAUGUAAAUCUGUUGUUUUGUAUUUUAUUUAUACAAAUGAUUAAGUACCACACAGUCAGUGGUAUACAAACAAAUGCGUCUGUACAUAUAACAAAUAAAGCCAAUAUGCAUUUGUGUGCUUUACUCCUUAAUGUAUAAAACUCAUGAUGUAAUUUU